AGACAAGUGACUCCCAGGCCUGUGCUCUUCUGUGGGUAUCUCCCGGUGACUGCCGACCUUCCCUAGGUUGAAAAGCUUCAGCGGUUUAUUCCUGUGUUCCUUAGCUUUUCUUCUUCUCCAGGCCGCAAACCCAAAAGCUAUUGGAAGUAUUGCACCUUGCCAUGAAAGGAGGGUUUGAGAGUUUGUUCACCAUAUGAAAUUCAAGUUACAUGUGACUUCUGCCAGGCAGUACAAGGACCUGUGGAAUAUGAGUGAUGACAAACCCUUUCUAUGCACUGCCCCUGGAUGUGGCCAGCGUUUUACCAACGAGGAUCAUUUGGCUGUCCAUAAACAUAAACAUGAGAUGACACUGAAAUUUGGUCCAGCUCGUAAUGACAGUGUCAUUGUGGCUGAUCAGACACCAACUCCAACUCGAUUCUUGAAGAACUGUGAAGAAGUGGGUUUGUUCAAUGAACUAGCAAGUCCAUUCGAAAAUGAAUUCAAAAAGGCUUCAGAAGAUGACAUUAAAAAAAUGCCUCUGGAUCUAUCCCCUCUUGCAACACCAAUCAUAAGAAACAAAAUUGAAGAGCCUUCUGCUGUGGAGACAACUCACCAAGAUAGUCCUUUACCUCAUCCAGAGUCCACUACCAGUGAUGAAAAGGAAGUAUCGUUGCCACAGACUUCACAGCCUACAUCGACUAUAGUUCGUCCAGCCUCGCUCCAGGUUCCAAAUGUGUUGCUUACAAGUUCUGACUCAAGUGUCAUCAUUCAGCAGGCAGUACCAUCUCCAACUUCAAGUACUGUCAUCACCCAGGCUCCAUCUUCCAACAGACCGAUAGUUCCUGUACCAGGACCUUUUCCUCUGCUGUUACAUCUUCCUAAUGGACAGACCAUGCCCGUUGCUAUUCCUGCCUCAAUCACAAACUCUAAUGUGCAUGUCCCUGCUGCAGUUCCAAUUGUUAGACCAGUCACCAUGGUGCCUAGUAUUCCGGGAAUCCCAGGGCCUUCUUCCCCACAACCAGUGCAGUCAGAGGCUAAAAUGAGAUUAAAAGCUGCUUUGACCCAGCAGCAUCCUCAGGUAACAAAUGGAGAUACUGCCAAGGGACAGGCGAGUGGAGUUGUUAGAAGUCAGUCGGAGGAAUCUCGAUCACAGUCAUUACAGCAGCCAGCUACAUCCACUACAGAAACACCGGCUUCUCCAGCUCAUCCAGCCCCACAGACCCAAAGUACAGGUGGCCGACGAAGAAGAGCAGCUAAUGAAGACCCAGAUGAGAAAAGAAGGAAGUUUCUAGAACGAAAUAGAGCAGCAGCUUCUAGGUGCCGGCAGAAAAGGAAAGUCUGGGUUCAGUCUUUGGAAAAGAAAGCAGAAGACCUAAGUUCUUUAAAUGGCCAAUUACAGAGUGAAGUCACCCUGCUGAGAAAUGAAGUGGCACAGCUGAAACAGCUUCUUCUGGCUCAUAAAGAUUGCCCUGUAACCGCCAUGCAGAAGAAAUCUGGCUAUCAUACAGCUGCUGAUAAAGACGACAGUUCGGAAGACACUUCAGUGCCAAGCAGCCCGCACGCUGAAGCCAUCCAGCACAGUUCCGUGAGCACAUCCAAUGGAGUGAGUUCAACUUCCAAGGCAGAAGCAGUGGCCACGUCAGUUCUCACCCAGAUGGCGGACCGGAGUCCCGAGCCGGCGCUGUCACAGAUUGUGGUGGCCCCGCCUUCCCAGGCCCAGCCCUCAGGAAGUUGAUUAGAAAUCUGCGUUGCCACAGUUUUAGAUAUUCAAUAAUGACUCAAAAGGGAAAUCAAGGCAAGACCAGGCUCCAGCUAGAAGAAAUGUGUAGUUUUAAAAAAAAAAAAUCAUUCAUUUUUGUAACGAUUGAAUUGAAAUGUGGCUUUUAAGAUUGGCAUAAGGGCAGAUGACGAUCAGAAGGAACAAUAGUUUUGAGUCUCUUCCGAAAGACUGACUUUUUUUUUUAUAAAUAUUGUUAGGUUUACUAGUUCUUUCUGUGCUCAAUGUGUAAAGUGUGUGUAUAGUACAAUGUGUUUUAUUUCACUUUUAUUUUUGGUAUUAUUUUAACCAACACGAGGAUGAAUUAUCGAUCUCCUCUUUCCCCUUUCCCGGACCUUUCCCCCACCCUUGACUGUGAGAGUACUAUUGUUAUGUGACAUUUAUACCAAAGUUCUGCAUAGUCCCUAUUGACUUUGUAAUGUUAACAAGGUCAUAAAGCACUAGGCAAGAGAAAGAUAUUAACAGUAAAUUUGCUUUUAAUCUUUUUGCCUUUUUAUUUUGCACAAUAUGAGAGGAAGAACCUUGAGAGAGAACACAUCCUUCCUUUAUUACAGUGUAAGUAGGGUUGUGUUGGUGGCUUUUUAACUCUUAACAGUUUUUAACAGUGCCAGUGCAGUAUAGGUAGGUUAUACAGUACUUUCAUGCACCUGUUUACUCUUAAACGAGAUCAGGGUCAUUCAUUAUAAAAUGAUUUUAUUGUGGUUUUGUUUUUUGUUUUUUAAUCCGUCUGUUUUGUCAGCCUUUAUCAUUUCAAAGGGGAAGCUUUAUUUUUGCAGCCAAAUAAAAUUAUCCAGUUACCCUACUUUGUGAGGCAUAGAUAGUGAACCGAUAUAUUGUACAAUACAGGGUUAUCACGUCAAUUACUUUCCCACAAUUAACCUGUUCCCUUAUGGGGUUCAAGUUACAGGCUGGGAGGUUUUAAUCCAUACUCAAGUGUAGUGUGAUGGCCAGAAAAGCUUGAGGAAAAAAACUACAUUGGACAAUUCAAGAUUUUUCUUUUUGUCAUGGUCUUGUAUUUGCAAGCUAUCUUGUACUUAUUCUUGUGAAAGCACUGUCAUCUUUUAGUAGCAAAAUUUUGAUACCUUUCUUGUGGGGGGGGAAAGAAUCAGUAUCUUGAAAACAAUGUAAUUAUAAUGUGGAGUGUGUAUGUGUGCGUGAGUGUGUGAAUGGUUCUGUAGUUUAUGCCAGCAAUCUUUGCUUGAAUGUUUAAAGAUGCCUUCAAUGUGAUGCUGGCCAAUAGAUGAUUGCAGUUUAAAAUGUAAUUUACUGUGCGGACUUGGAUAACUAACAUUCCAUGAUGUAGUUUGUUUCUGAUGAGAUGAUUGUAGGUACACUUUUUUUCUCUCUAUCCAAUCAUCUGUAGGAUAUUGAGUUUUUCUAAAUGUGCCAUUAUCUAUUGAUUCUGCACUCCAUGUUCAAAAUACAGUACAACUUUACAAUAGUCUAAGUUGUAAAAACAAGAAAUAAAUGUGUAUGCUUUCAGGUAACAACUCUGUAAAAUAGCUCAAAAGCAUACCCAGUAGCAACUCUGACAUUCAGGCAGGAUUUCUGAUGUAAAUAUAGCACGGAUAUCUGUAAUGCAUCUAUAAUAGGUUGUGUAGUUCUUCCUUCUCCAUGCUAUCCUAAAUGCUGGAGUCUCGGUGCCAUCAAAUUCUUUAGGAGACUUGCAUAAACGAAUCUGUGUGAAAUAUCAUUGAUAAUACUAAGAAAUGAAACACUAUUUGUAUAAUAUCCGACUGGAAGACUAUCAGAUUUUGUCUGUCAUUUCAGGGCUCACAAAUCAUAGCAAUUCUUACAUCCAGCCUGUUAAAUUCAGGAGGUAAGUAGUUGACUGCCCAAGCUAAAAUCUCUUAUUUAACUGAGUAGUUAGAAACUCAUCAGUGACAGUAAUUUCUACAAUCAUGAUUUUUGCCACAAAUGCUGAGAAGAGUGAUCUCAAAGGCACAAAAUGUGAAUUCUGCAAGAAAGCUACAAUUACCAUUUUCUGUUGUAUUUUUGGAGGUUUAAAUGAAGCCUCACUUCACCUUCCUAAAUGCCUCAAGGCAUUUCUCAGCUUUUAUUUAUACCAAUUCAAGGGGUUUUUUGUUUUGUUUUUAACUGUAAAGUAAAACUAUAUAGAUGUAAGGAAACAUGUAAACAAUCAAUGAGGCAGAUUCCAUUCUGAACCAACCUGUGUUCAGCAAAAAGAAAACCAGUAUGAGUUGUACAAAACACAAAUUCCAUUUUGACUUUUAGUCUAUGCCCUACUACUUCUGUACUUAGCAUUUUGAGUCUUUACAUUUGAAAUGGUUCACAAACUGUACUGUUUUCUUCUAUGUGCAGUUUGCAUGAGUAAAUCAUCAGAGAAUAAAUCUAUCUUUAAAUUAC